GUAGUCGCUGGCAAGUAAGUCUCGUUAUCGAAAUGAACCUGGGAGUAUAUGGGGGUCGAAAUCGAGUCGGUUGUCGGUCUUAUAAUAUGACAGCGCAUGGCGUGAUCUGGAGACCCCAUCAAUCGAUGGUACUGGGUUUGUCAUUCAACGUUCAUUUUAUAUUCAUAUAGUUCUCGCCGGAGAACCAUUCCCUGCUAUUUUACCCUCCCUGAGCACUGCAGCAAUGGCUGUCCGCAUCGCCUCCUGGAUAGCAGCAGCGGCUGCUAUUGCUGUGGUGUUUUUACCGCAAUCUGUGAUAUCGUUCCCGACACACGUAUGCGCGACAAAUGCAGCUCCGCAAAUAUCUCUCGACCUGCCGUCUGUCAGUGUCAAUGUCGGGAACCGCCCAUGGGGUUUGAUAUACCUGAACUCGAGCUUUGCAUUCGUUGCCGUCAACUUCUCAAUUGGCGUUCUCGACACGUCAGAAUUCACACCUAAAUUGACCCAGUUACUUCCCCUUCCUCCCGAUUUCAUGAUAGGUAACGAUGAUAUCAACGAAGAUGGAUAUGGAUAUCGUGCACUCACUCUGUCGCCCGACAAGGAAAACCUGUAUGUGGCAACCGGUUACGGAGCUGUGAUCUUCGACGUGCCUCGAACUCUCGCGGGAAGGAACGACUCUAUUGUGGGAGUUUUGAGCAAAGAUGGUUACGUCGGGAGGAGUUCCAUCGAGCUGUCCAUCACCGCUGACGGCAAAUUUGCUUUCAUCAGCCAGGAAUUUGGGAGCAAUGCCACAUACGGGCUCGGAGCGAUUGAGGUUUACAAUAUCACCCGACUGGAGAACAGGACGGUGACCAGUACCUGGAAGGGUUUCAUUGCGCUUGGUUAUGCAACAAUCGGCCAGCAGUUCUCGACGGAUCAUACCCAACUCUUCGUGACUAGCGAAAUGAACAACACAGCACAGUCACUCAACGAUACGUCGGGUAUUAUUAGUGUUCUCGACGUCGCAAAGCUGAGGCAGACUCCCGGAAAAUCCUUGAUCAAGAAAGUCGACGCCGGCUGUCAUCCCGUCCGCGCGCAACUGUCCCUGGAUGGAAAAUAUCUUUGGGUCACACAGCGAGAAGCAAAUCAAGUCAUGGCUUUUGACACAAUUAAACUUUCCGACAACACUUCUACAGAAGCACUGGUGGCCACGGUGAAUACAGGAACAUCCCCGAUCGGUAUAACGGCGAUCAAGAACCAUAUCCUGACGGCAGACUCUAAUAGAUUUGGAUAUAGUAACGCCAGCACCGGCGUCACGGUUGUGAAUGCCCAGGCAGCGUUAGGGCCCAAGCAAAGGGUAAACUUUGGCCAAAUACCAACAGGGCCGUUUCCGCGUGCACUUGCGGCUAGCCCUGAUGGCGAUGUUCUCCUCAUCUCUGAGUUUGAUGGGGCGACAAUUCGUGCGGUGAAUGUCACCUCACUUAAUGUGGAAUGAUUAGUGGGCGUUCAUAUCAUUAAAAUCAUGAGACUGCACAUAUGUACUUGCGUUAUCGUUAGGUAUUCUGCGGUGUAUGGGCUGUGAUGAGACAAGAGGUUCU